AUGGAAACGGGACACUCGGCCUUUGAUGGCAGCCAGGCUUCCCCCGCCCUCGCCCACGCUCUUGCCAGCGGCGACGUCAGCGUGGCUGGCAAGCGGGUGCUCGUCCCCGGCUGCGGGCGGGGCUACGAUGUGGUUGAGUUUGCCCGCAGCGGGGCCCAGUACACGGCAGGGCUGGAGCUGGUCCCUCAAGCGCAGCAGGAGGCAGCCAAUUAUGUUGCAGGGCAGCUGAGCGAGGAGGGCGGGGCCAGGGCGCAGGUCUUUGUGGGCGACUUCUUCAAGUGGCAGCACGAGUCGGUGCCCAGCUGGGACGUUGGCUACGAUUACACCUUCAUGUGCGCUUUGCACCCCACCAUGCGGCCGGACUGGGCGGCCGCCUGGGCGCGCUACCUGGCCCAGCCCGGAUCGCAGCUCGUAUGCCUGGCCUUCCCGCUGAACAGCGACAGCGAGACGGGGCCGCCGUGGGCGGUGACGGUGCAGCAGUACAAGGACCUGCUGCGGCCGCACGGCUUUGUGUGCGAGAGGGAGGAACCGGUCCCCCCUGAGCGGUCGCAUGCCGGCCGCGGUGGCCGGGAGUGCAUGCUGGUGUUCAGCCGGCAGUAG